UCUAUCUGCUCCGGAUCUGUAGCUGGUGCUGUCAUGACGUCACUGUAAACAAACAUGGCGGACUGCUAGCUGCUCUGUACCUAACGUUAGCUACUUUGACAUAAAACGUCUUUUAAAUAAAUCGUCCUGCGCGGGAGCGAGUGAAACUCCAGCAGAGACUCACACAGACACACAAACACACACUGUGGGAACACACCAUGUCGUCAUCAGGUCUGAGAAUCACUGAAGUUCCUCCGGUGACUCCAGCAGAAUCUCACUGAAGGUGACCAGUCCCUGGGUCAGUGGAGCAGAGGCCAUGGAGCAGUACAUCCUCCUGGGUCGGGUCGGAGAAGGAGCCCACGGCAUCGUGUUCAAGGCCAAACACGUCGAGACAGGAGAGACAGUGGCUCUGAAGAAAGUGGCUCUGAGGAGGCUGGAGGACGGGAUCCCUAACCAGGCUCUGAGGGAGAUCAAGGCUCUGCAGGAGAUUGAGGACAACCAGCAUGUGGUGAAGCUGAAGGACGUCUUCCCUCACGGUACCGGCUUCGUCCUGGUGUUUGACUUCAUGCUCUCUGACCUGUCUGAGGUCAUCAGGAACUCCCUGAGACCUCUGACCCCGGCGCAGGUCAAAGGUUACAUGAUGAUGCUGCUGAAGGGCGUCGCCUUCCUGCAUCACAACAACAUCAUGCACCGGGACCUGAAGCCAGCGAACCUCCUCAUCAGCUCCUCAGGUCACCUGAAGAUCGCAGACUUCGGUCUCGCCCGACUCUUCAGUGAGGAAGGAGAAAGACUGUACAGCCACCAGGUGGCCACCAGGUGGUACAGAGCUCCUGAGCUGCUGUACGGAGCCAGAAAGUACGACGAGGGAGUCGAUCUUUGGGCGGUCGGUUGUAUUUUCGGGGAGCUGCUGAACUCGUCUCCUCUGUUUCCUGGAGAGAACGACAUCGAACAGCUGUGCUGCGUCCUCAGAGUGCUGGGCACGCCAACGCAGGACAGCUGGCCCGAAAUCGUUGAGUUACCAGAUUAUAAUAAAAUCACCUUCAAGGAGAAUCCAGCCAUCCCAUUGGAGGAGAUUGUCCCUGACACGUCCCCUCAGGCCAUCGACCUGCUCUACAAGUUCCUGGUGUAUCCGUCCAAACAGCGCUGCUCGGCCCGACAGGCUCUCCUCCAUCCAUACUUCUUCUCCUCCCCUCUUCCUGCUCACCACUCCGAGCUGCCCAUCCCUCAGAGGGGGGGCCGACCCCCCCGCCAGCGCCUACAGGCCCCGCCUACCGACUUCUCAGUGGACUUGCCCCUGCAGAACAGCGUGGUAGACCCCGCAUUGCUGCAGGGACAUGCCACCUGCCUCUGAACUAACAAACAUGGUUAGCCCCGCCCCUUCAUACGUCCUCCUCCUAUCACUAAUCAUGACCCACAAUGCCAGUCCCUGUGUCUGGUUGGACGAUUCAGGCUGUCAAUCACUGAGCUCCGCUUAUAUCCCACCCCCAUUUUUCCC